AUGGCGGCGUCCACGAGGGAAGCGACUCCUUCAAUGCCAUCUCCACGGGCUAUGGAGGAGACUUCUGAGAGCGAGGAGCCGCCGGAAAGGAAAAGACGCCGGUUGAUAACCGGCAAAGGGCUAGCCGCAGAAGACGAGGGGGAUUUGAAACAACAAAAGUGUAUAGACGCAAAGAGAUGCUUGAGCCAUACACCAAAGGUAGCAACAGUACUCAGAGGAACAAGUGCAAGCAUAUACUUAGACAAUGCAGCUUACAGGAGCUUCAUCUACAACAAAUUUGAUGUGAGCCCCGUGGAAAUGGAAAGUGCAGCAGUGGCUCUCAUUUGCUACCAGCAGAAGACACCUUACAUCGUUAUCCGUGCCCCCUCCGACUUGGCCGGCGGCGGUGACGCCGACAACGAGGCCGCCACCUUCAUCAACCUUGCUGCUAACAACUCUGUUGAGGUUGUCGUGCAAUUCAUCAAGCAGUAG